GAUUGUGUGCAUAUUAUUUAUGCAAGAAAGGUCAGGUACAUAUCGAGUACCGAGUACCUUACCUAUAUAAAAAAUGCGUUUCCUCGUCCUAGUUGCUUUGGUGUGCUUUGGAGGAGUUGCGGCAGAACUCAAAGAAAUUUUCGCUUGGAAAGAGGUUUCGUUCAACUGGCCAAGCGAGGAUGUGAAAAACAACGCUUUGAAAGCCAUGGAGUAUAUCCCGGAGCAUAAUCUGCCCCUUGGCUUGGAAAGGUGGAAGAACAAAUUGUUCGUUACGGUGCCCAGAUGGAAAUCAGGCGUAGCCUCAUCCCUCAACUACAUCCCCAUCAACUCCACGGACAAAUCCCCCGCUCUCACCCCGUACCCCGACUGGAAGGCCAACACCCUCCCCAAGGAGGGCGAGACCCUGCAGGACAACCACGUGAUAUCGACGUUCAGGGUCAAGGUCGACCCCUGCGACAGGCUGUGGGUGAUGGACACCGGCUUGGCAGACAUCAAGGGGGACGCCAAGCUGCACUCCUCCCCAGCCAUCGUGGUUUUCGACCUGAAGACCGACCAGCUGGUGAGGAGGUACGUGCUGAAGGAGAGCGACAGCAAGGGGGAUUCGUCUUUCUUCGCUAAUAUCGUAGUAGAUGUGACCAAAGAUACUUGUGACAAAGCUUUUGCCUACCUUCCUGACCUUGGUGGAUAUGGACUGGUGGUUUACUCUUUUGCCGACAACAAGUCUUGGAGAAUAUCCAACAAUUAUUUCCAUUUUGAUCCUCUCAAGGGAGAUUUGACUGUGGGUGGAGUGAACUUCCAGUGGACUGAUGGGAUAUUUGGACUCGCACUUGGACCAAUCAACCAAAACGGGUAUCGUACGGCAUAUUUCCAUGCGUUAGCCAGUACUGAAGAGUUCUCAGUCAGCACUGAAGUUUUGAGGAACGAAACUUUGGCAAUGGAUCACAAUUCAUUCGAAUUAUACAAGCAUGAAGGAAAUAAAGGUGAGAAGUCACAAACCUCAACUUCGGUAUUUGACCAGAAAACCAACGUAUUGUUCUUCACCCAACUCCAAAGAGAUGCUGUAGCUUGUUGGAACACGAAAAAGAAAUUGGAACCUGGCAACGUUGCUCUCGUAGCAGAAGAUCACACCAAUUUGGUUUUCACCAAUGAUAUCUCGAUUGACGUUGAGAGAAAUCUCUGGAUACUCUCAGACAGAAUGCCUGCCUUUUUGUACACCAAAUUGGACCCCAAUGACGUGAAUUACAGAAUUUUACAAAUUCCAGUAGAUGAAGCUAUAAAGGAAACAACAUGUGCUGUGUGAUUUAGUAUUAGUAUAGAUUUAAGUUUGACGUGUAGUGUUUAGAAACAAACCUAUAUUAUAAGUUUCAUAUUUUUAACAAAAUGUUCAAGUCAGUAUGAUGAAAUAUAAAGUAUUAUUUUUUG